GCAUGACAUAACGUAACCUACGUAAAACAAAUGCGUACAGACUUCAACGUAGAGCCCCAUUCUGGCUAGUAGUUAAGUAUUUACGUUAACUAAUUACGAGUUUUUUAUUUAACUUUAUUAACAUAAUUCACGUAUGUGCGCUACAAAGUGGGACCAAGGAGGAAAUUACUUCACGUAAUAUAUACGGAAAGCCACGGUAGUCUCCUCUUUUCACCCGGAAGGACAGGUUAGCGGAGAGGAAGCUCUUCUCGUGCUCAAAAUGCGGACUGAGGACGCUGAUUGUGUUUCCAACUCAGUCGCUUACAAGAAGUUCUUCUCUAAGUGUUUAGAACAAUAAAAAGGGACCUGUUUGGAUUGCUUACAUUGUGGAUACAUUUCGUAAGAAAAUGUAGACAUGGAGUUUCUCCCAGUCCUUGAUCCUCAACAUAAACCCGAAGAAGGAAUAUGGUAUUCUUUGAGACCCAGGGGAAGUGCUCCAGGUGUUAGUGUUGGUCACACCUGUAUAUUCACUCCAUCUGAAGAUGGAGGAAAAGGGAGACUCCUUAUUAUUGGAGGAGCCAAUCCCAGUGGCAGUUUCUCAGAUUCGCACAUCAUAAAUCUAGACAAUCAUGGCUGGGACAUUGCUGAGUGGGAGGGUUUGGAGGCAAGGUAUGAACACUGCAGUUUUGUACCAGAGAGCUGCCCCCAGAGCCUGUGGGUGUUUGGGGGUGCGCAGCAGACUGGAAAUCGCAACUGUAUCCAAAAUGUACAGGUGGCAGACAGUAACCCUCGCUGGAAUACUGUAGAAACAAAUGGGACACCCGCGAGUCCCAGGACAUACCACACCACCUCAGCCUGCCUUGGAGACAGGCUUUUUGUGUUCUCUGGUGGGGAAAUAGGAGCUGCACCUGUCUCUGACUCCAAACUUCAUGUGUUUGAUACAGUUUCUUCUACUUGGUCCCAACCUGAAACACAAGGCAGGCACCCUCCAGCCAGACAUGGUCACAUCAUUGUAGCGGUGGAUUCAAAGAUCUACAUUCAUGGGGGCAUGGCUGGAGACAAAUUCCACAACGAUAUGUAUUCUCUUGAUUCAAGAAGCAUGAAGUGGGAGAAAGUGCAGGCCAAAGGAGAUAUUCCACCAGGAGUAGCUGCCCACUCAGCUGUUGUGCUGGGCAAAAAUAUCUACAUCUUUGGAGGGAUGACAGCAGAUGGAGCAAGCAACUCCAUGUACAGAUUUAACACUGGUACACUGUCUUUAAGCCAUUCAUAG